GUUUCCGGCGGGGGGAGGGGUUGGGGGUUUUUGUCCCCUGCUCCGGCGUUGAAAUGGCUGGAAAACCUCUGAGAGUACUGGCCUGUGGGGAUGUUGAAGGAAAAUUUGAUAUGUUGUUCAAUAGAAUGCAAGCUGUUCAGAAGAAAAGUGGAGAAUUUGAUCUGCUUUUGUGCAUUGGGAACUUCUUUGGCUCUACUCCAGAGGCGGAGUGGGAGGAAUACCAGACAUGUGCCAAGAAAGCUACUAUUCCAACGUAUGUCUUGGGUGCCAAUAACCCGGAAACUGUACAUUAUUUUCCAGAUGUCAAUGGCUGUGAACUAGCUGAGAACAUUACGUACUUAGGUCGUAAGGGUAUUUUCAGCGGCACCUCAGGAUUGCAGAUUGCCUACCUGAGUGGGCACUUUUGA